AUGGCCGACGACGAGCGCAAAAGUAAGCGAUCUCGCUUCGACCAAACCGAACCAGAGCCUCGUCGCUCCCGGUUCGAUCGCCGUUCGCGAUCGCCAUCUGCCAGACAAACGGAGUCCACUCGUACCCGCAGCCCGCUCAGUCGCGAACCUAAUAGCCCUGUCUCCAAACCUCCCGCCGACCCUGCUGCGGCAGCAGCUGCCGCUGCGGCCAAGAUCAACGCCCAGCUUCAAGCUAAAAAGGGCAUCCAACAUGUUGAUGUCCCCCCAAUCCGUUCGACCGACAGCCCAGCUGGAGAAGACUCAGCUGCUGCGGACGGAAAGCCUCGCGAAUCGUAUGUUGCCGAUGGCGACUACAUCAAAGAUCUUGAGAUCAACGAUCUGCGCAAUCGCUACACCUUGACUAAAGGUUCUACUCAGAAAUUGAUUAAAGAUGAAACUGGCGCCGAUGUCACGACCCGCGGAAGCUAUUUCCCAGACAAGAGCAUGUCGACAGCGGCUAACCCCCCUCUCUAUCUUCAUAUCACAAGCCAAACUAAGGAAGGCCUCGACAAGGCCGUCGAAUUGAUUGACGAUCUGAUGAAAAAGGAACUUCCUAAUCUAGUCGACGAGCGUCGAUUCCGCCGACGGGAACCCGAACAGCAGGUUGAGCGGGAUGAGUACGGCCGUCGCAAAUGGCCGGAUGAGCGUAUCCCAAUUGACCUGGAGCCCAUUCCCGGAUUUAAUCUGCGUGCUCAGGUUGUUGGUCAGGGUGGUGCGUAUGUAAAGCAUAUCCAACAGAAGACCCGCUGCCGUGUCCAGAUAAAGGGCCGUGGCUCUGGAUUCAUUGAAUCCAGCACUGGCCAAGAAAGUGACGAGUCGAUGUUUUUGCACGUUGCUGGUCCGGAUGCCAAUGAUGUCCAAGAAGCGAAGGCACUGUGUGAAGACUUGCUUGCCAACGUCCGUGAACAAUACCAGCGCCACAAAGAUAACCCGCCUCAGUACAACAACUACGGUGAUCGCGGUGGCUACCGCGGAGGUGAUCGUGGUGACCGUGGUGAUCGCGGCGAUCGCGGCGAUCGUGGUGACCGAUACCAUGGGGAUCGUUACCAAGGCGGCGGUCGCGGCGGCGGUUACGGCGGUUACAACGACCGUCAUCAGCACUCGAACUCUCCUGCUGCUGCUAGUCCCGGUGGCCAGGGCCAGGCCGCUGCUGGAUCCGGUGCUGCCGCCAGCGCGGCUGACUACAGCGCACAGUAUGCGCAGUACUACGGAGCUGACCCCUAUGCCGCCUACGGUGGAUACCAAAACUAUGUCGCCUACUACCAAUACUACCAAGCAGCCGCCGCUCAACAGCAACAGCAGCAACAAGCGGCAGAGACCGCUCCUCCUCCACCUCCUCCGGCGAGUGAGGCACCGCCUCCACCUCCUCCAGGUUCAGGAUCCCCUCCCCCUCCUCCCGGUGGAGCCCCUGGUGGAGGAGGUAGCUACAGUGCGAUCCCUCCUCCACCCGGCCUGUAG